AUGAUAAUUGAUACAACCGAACUACAGGCUAUUAAUUCUUUUUUCAAAUUGGAAUCCCUAAAAGAAGUCUAUGGGAUCAUAUGGAUACUUAUCCCCAUUUUUACUCUUGUAUUAGGAAUCACAAUAGGUGUACUCGUGAUUGUUUGGUUAGAAAGAGAAAUAUCUGCAGGGAUACAACAACGUAUUGGACCUGAAUAUGCCGGCCCUUUAGGAAUUCUUCAAGCUCUAGCGGAUGGUACAAAACUACUUUUCAAAGAGAACCUUCUUCCAUCUAGGGGCGAUGCUCGUUUAUUCAGUAUUGGACCAUCCAUCGCAGUCAUAUCAAUUUUACUAAGUUAUUCAGUAAUUCCUUUUGGUUAUCGACUUGUUCUAGCCGAUCUUACUAUUGGUGUUUUUUUAUGGAUCGCCAUUUCAAGUAUUGCUCCCAUUGGACUUCUUAUGUCGGGAUAUGGAUCAAAUAAUAAAUAUUCCUUUUUAGGUGGUCUAAGGGCUGCUGCUCAAUCAAUUAGUUAUGAAAUACCAUUAACUCUAUGUGUAUUAUCAAUAUCUCUACGUGUGAUUCGUUCAAGUACAGUUGAUAUAGUUGAAGCGCAGUCAAAAUAUGGUUUUUGGGGAUGGAAUUUAUGGCGUCAACCUAUAGGAUUUAUCAUUUUUCUAAUUUCUUCUUUAGCCGAGUGUGAGAGAUUGCCUUUUGAUUUACCAGAAGCCGAAGAAGAAUUAGUAGCGGGUUACCAAACUGAAUAUUCAGUUCUUUACUUGGGAGGCUGGAAUCUUUCUAUUCCGUACAUAUUCGUUUCUGAGAUAUUUGACAUAAAUAAAGCGGCUGCUGCGCAGCUGCUUAUUUACGUAGGAGCUAUAAAUGUUUUAAUCAUUUUUGCUGUGAUGUUCAUGAAUGGCUCAGAAUAUUACAAAGAUUUUCAUCUUUGGACUAUUGGGGAUGGAGUUACUUCGGUGCUUAUUGAUACGUUCGAAAAAAUUUUACUUGAAUCCAUUUUAUUUUUUUUUACCGACAAAACCCGUGCUCAAAAUAUUUUGAGCACGGGUUUUUUUCUGGUCCAAGUCUAUCUUGUCUUUACUACGAAUUAUUUUCCUUGGUUAACAAUAAUUGUAAUUUUGCCAAUAUUUGCAGGUUCCUUAAUUUUUUUUCUUCCCCAUAGAGGAAAUAGGGUCAUCCGUUGGUAUACUAUAUUUAUAUGUAUUUUCGAACUCCUUCUAACGGCCUAUACAUUCUGUUAUCAUUUCCAAACAGAUGAUCCAUUAAUCCAACUGAUGGAGGAUUAUAAAUGGAUACAGUUGUUUGAUUUCCAUUGGAGAUUAGGAAUAGAUGGACUUUCUAUAGGACCUAUUUUACUAACGGGAUUCAUCACCACUUUAGCGACUUUAGCAGCUUGGCCGGUUACUCGGGAUUCUCGGUUAUUUAAUUUCCUGAUGUUAGCGAUGUACAGUGCUCAAAUAGGAUUAUUUUCUUCUCGAGACCUUUUACUUUUUUUCAUUAUGUGGGAGUUAGAAUUAAUUCCUGUUUAUCUACUUCUAUCUAUGUGGGGAGGAAAGAAACGUCUGUACUCGGCUACAAAAUUUAUUUUGUAUACGGCGGGGGGUUCUAUUUUUCUCUUAAUGGGAGUUUUGGGUAUCGGUUUAUAUGGUUCUAAUGAACCAACAUUAAAUUUUGAAACAUCAGCCAAUCAGUCGUAUCCUCUUCCCUUGGAAAUAAUAUUCUAUAUUGGAUUUUUUAUUGCUUUUGCUGUGAAAUUGCCUAUUAUACCCCUACAUACAUGGUUACCAGAUACCCACGGGGAAGCACAUUACAGCACUUGUAUGCUUCUAGCCGGAAUCUUAUUAAAAAUGGGAGCAUAUGGGCUGGUUCGGAUCAAUAUGGAAUUAUUAUCUCACGCCCAUUCUAUAUUUUCGCCCUGGUUACUGAUAGUAGGCACAAUACAAAUAAUCUAUGCAGCUUCAACAUCUCUUGGCCAACGUAAUUUAAAAAAAAGAAUAGCUUAUUCUUCCGUAUCUCAUAUGGGUUUCAUAAUUAUAGGAAUUGGUUCUAUAACUGAUACCGGACUCAAUGGAGCUCUUUUACAAAUAAUCUCUCAUGGAUUUAUUGGUGCUGCACUUUUUUUCUUGGCAGGUACGACUUAUGAUAGAAUACGUCUUGUUUACCUUGACGAAAUGGGCGGAAUAGCUAUCCUAAUGCCAAAAAUAUUCACGAUAUUUAGUACCUUUUCCAUGGCGUCCCUUGCAUUACCGGGUAUGAGUGGUUUUGUUGCCGAAUUGAUAGUAUUUUUUGGAAUAAUUACCAGCCAAAAAUAUCUUUUAAUGCCAAAAAUACUAAUUACUUUUGUAAUGGCAAUUGGAAUGAUAUUAACUCCUAUUUAUUCAUUAUCUAUGUCACGCCAGAUGUUCUAUGGAUACAAGUUCUUUAAUAUUCCAAACUCUUAUUUUUUUGAUUCUGGACCACGCGAGUUAUUUCUUUCGAUUUCUCUAUUUUUACCCGUACUCGGCAUUGGCAUGUACCCCGAUUUCAUUUUUUCACUGUCAGUUGACAAAGUCGAAGUUAUUCUAUCUAACUCUUUUUCUAAAUAGUUUUCAUAAAUAAAACCGCCUAUGAUUUUGAAAUUGUUGAUUCUAUAAUCAUAAUGAAAAAGUUCUAGAAUGAAACAAAGAGAGCUUUUCUCUUAAAUUAAAUUUCUAAGUAAAGUUAAGAAAUAAA